AUGUCAUUUAACUUCUACAAAAGAAGUUGCUCAAAAAAGAAUUUAGUGUUUCAAGCGUUGUCAAUUCGCGAACCWUUCUCUGCUUCCUCUUCCCGUCAUGGGAUUCCUGUCCCUUGCUGUGCAUCAUGUCCUUCACGUGUGCGUUGUUUGUUUCAGGACUGGAACCAGACAUGGCAUGCAAACACCCCGGGACUGACCGGGUGCUUCGAGAGCUCCAUCACUGCCUGGAUCCCCAGUGCCUAUCUUUGGAUCUGCUUUCCUUUCUACUACUGGUACCUUCGGCACACAAACAAAGGUUACAUCAGGAUGUCCCACAUCUUCAAAGCCAAAAUGGUACUUGGAUUCAUCCUGGUAAUACUGUGUUUUUCUAAUGUCUUCUUUGUGGUGUGGGAGAAAAACCAAGGAAUCCCACRGAGUCCAGCAUUCCUCAUUAGCCCUGCUGUGAUGGGAAUCACAAUGGUCCUUGCCUUGUUCCUUACCCAAGCAGAAAGGAUGAUGGGCAUCCAGUCUUCAGGGGUCCUAUUGAUUUACUGGCUGCUCUCAUUUGUGGCUGCACUUGUGAUGGCUAGUUCCAAAAUYCAGCAUGCCCUGGAGAGAGGCUUGCUGGAAGACCAUUUCCACCAUGUAACAACAUACCUUUAUGCUGUCCUGGUGCUGGGGGAGCUUGUGUUGUUCUGCUUAGCUGAUCACCCUCCCUUCUUCUCGAAAGCUGACAAUCCUAAUCAGUGUCCAGAAGCCAGCAGCUCCUUUCUUUCCAAAAUCACAUACUGGUGGUUCUCUGGGAUCCUCUGGAAAGGCUCUCAGCAGGCCUUGGGGCUGGAUGACUUGUGGCCAGUGAGGAAACAGGACUCCUCUGAAGAAAUUGUUGCCUGGGCAGAACGAGAAUGGAAGAAGUGUCAGAGCAGGAGCCAGCAAAAAACAGAGUCUGCUACCCUUAAAAAGGGUCAGAAAAAUGAAACUGGCACAGCAGAAGCUGAGGAGACAGAGGCUCUACUGCAAUCAAAGCACAGUGAGAGCRGGCCCUUACUGAAAAUGUUUUGGAGCAUGUUUGGAACUUACUUCCUUCUCAGCACUGUCUGCUUAGUUACCUGUGAUGUCUUCUUGUUCUCGACCCCAAAGUUGCUGAGCCUUUUCCUGAAGUUCAUUGAAGACAAGGAAGCACCGAGCUGGCUUGGCUAUUUCUAUGCCUUCAGCAUGUUCCUGCUGGGCUGUCUCCAGACUCUGUUUGAGCAGCGCUACAUGUACAUGUGCCUUGUUCUGGGGCUGAGGCUGAGAACUGCACUAACAGGGCUCGUGUACAGGAAGAUCCUAGUUAUGUCAAAUGCUUCAAGGAAAGCAGCAGCYGUAGGUGAAAUUGUUAAUCUGGUAUCUGUUGAUGUGCAAAAGCUAAUGGAGCUGAUUAUCUAUUUUAAUGGGACCUGGCUGGCUCCUAUUCGGAUUAUCAUCUGCUUUGUCUUCUUGUGGCAGCUUCUAGGGCCAUCUGCCUUGACUGCAAUUGGUGUAUUCCUUUUUCUUUUGCCUCUGAAUUUUGUGAUCACCAAGAAAAGGAGUCAGUUUCAGGAAAUCCAGAUGAAACAUAAGGAYGAGAGGGCCAAACUCACCAAUGCCAUUCUCAGUGACAUUAAAGUAAUCAAACUGUAUGGCUGGGAGAAAACCUUCAUGGAGAAAGUGCUUGGAAUCCGCAAGCAAGAACUUCAGGCCUUAAAAAGAUCCCAGAUUCUCUUCUCAGCAUCUCUAGUAUCUUUCCAUUCAUCAACUUUCCUGAUCACAUUGGUCAUGUUUGCUGUGUACACCCUGGUGGACARCACACACGUGCUGGAUGCUGAGAAAGCCUUUGUGUCCUUAGCACUGAUCAAYAUCCUCAACACUGCCAACUCCUUCCUGCCCUUCUCCAUCAACGCUGCUGUCCAGGCCAAAGUUUCUUUAAACCGCUUAGCAGCUUUUCUGAAUCUGGAAGAACUGAAUCCUGAGAGCUCAAGCASAAACACUUCUGGCUCUGUACAGACGAGUAUCACCAUAAGAAAUGGGACUUUUUCCUGGAGCAAAGAAACUUCUCCUUGCCUUAGAAGCAUCGAUCUCGCCGUGCCCCAGGGMUCCCUGCUGGCUGUGGUUGGGCAGGUGGGUGCUGGCAAAUCCUCACUGCUGGCAGCGUUCCUGGGCGAGCUGGAGACCGUGGGUGGCUGCGUGACCAUGAAGGACRCUGCAGCUUAUGUCCCCCAGCAAGCCUGGGUUCUGAAUGCUUCAGUGGAAGAUAAUAUUCUGUUUGGGAAAGAGAUGGAUGAAACCUGGUUCAAUAGAGUGACAGAGGCUUGUGCACUGCACCCUGAUCUGGAGACCUUCCCUGCAGGGCAGAAGAGUGAAAUUGGAGAAAAGGGAAUCAAUCUGUCUGGAGGGCAGAAGCAGAGAGUGAACCUUGCUCGGGCCGUGUACCAGAAGGCUCCGAUUUACCUGCUCGACGAUCCCCUGUCAGCUGUGGAUGCCCAUGUUGGGCAGCACAUUUUUGAACGUGUUCUUGGACCCAAUGGUUUGCUGAAGGACAAGCAGACUCGUGUGCUGGUGACUCACACAAUUAACAUUUUGCCUCAAGUGGACAACAUUGUUUUUCUGGUGGAUGGAAUGAUCUCAGAAACUGGCUCCUACCAAGAACUCCUACAGAGAAAUGGGGCCUUUGCAGAAUUUCUCCGUUCACAUGUGACUGCAGAAGAGAAGCCAUGUGCUGGUUUGCCAGCUCUAGGAGACACCAAAGGCACCAUCACCACUGGGAAUGGUCCCUCUCAGGAGAAACCCCUGAGGGGUGACUCAGUCAAAUCUUCUGCUGUGGGAAGGGAUCCCAUUCCCAUGAGCCAGGACUGCACCAGGGCUGCAGCCAAUAAGGGAGGACUGACCAAGGCAGAGACAACUCAGCACGGCAGGGUUAAUGCUGGGGUUUAUGGAGCCUACCUGAAGGCGACAGGCCGUGCCCUGUGUGUGUACAUCAUCCUGUCCUUUGCUGGCCAGCAGGCCGUGUCCUUCUCCCGGGGCUACUGGCUCAGCCUCUGGACAGAUGACCCUGUGCUCAACGGGACACAGCAGCACACAGAGCUCAGGCUUGGAGUCUUUGCUGCGUUAGGAGCUGUUCAAGCCCUUGGCAGGUUUGCCUGCACAGCAGCAGUGCUGCUGGGUGGGGUGUUAGCCUCACACCAGCUCUUCCAGCAGCUGCUGAGCAGCGUCACCAGAUCCCCAAUGCUGUUCUUUGAGCAAACACCCAUCGGGCACCUGCUGAACCGCUUCUCCARAGACAUGGAUGCUGUGGAUUCUGUCAUCCCUGACAAGCUCAAGUCCGUGCUGGGAUUCYUGUUCAACUUACUGGAGAUCUACCUGGUGAUUGUGGUGGCUACGCCGUGGGCAGCACUGGCCAUAGUGCCCCUGACUGCUCUUUAUGCUGCAUUCCAGCACUUCUACGUCACCACCUCCUGCCAGCUGAGGCGCAUGGAGGCUGCCAGCAGGUCACCCAUCUACUCCCACAUAUCAGAAACAUUCCAAGGCAGCAGCGUGAUCCGUGCCCACAAGGACCAGCAGAGGUUUAUUUCGAGAAGCAAUUUCCUGGUGGAUGAGAAUCAGCGAGUUUGCUUCCCUGGAGCUGUUGCUGACAGGUGGCUGGCCACAAACAUGGAGCUGCUGGGCAAUGGCCUCGUGCUGUUUGCAGCCCUGUUUGCAGCCAUGGCCAGGACACAGCUCAGUCCAGGAACUGCUGGCUUCUCCAUCUCCUGUGCUCUCCAGAUAACYGGUGUUCUGAACUGGAUGGUUCGCUCCUGGACAGAAAUAGAGAACAACAUUGUUUCUGUGGAGAGAGUGGGAGAAUACCUGAGGACUCCUAAGGAGGCACCCUGGACUCUGAAUGGCAAACUCCAAGGGCAAGUUUGGCUCACUGAAGGAAKGAUUGAAUUUAGAAAUUACAGCCUGUGCUACAGGCCAGGUCUGGAGCUGGCCCUGAGGCGUGUCAGUGUGAGCAUCAACGGGCAUGAGAAGAUUGGCAUCACUGGGAGGACAGGAGCUGGGAAAUCCAGCCUUGCAGUGGGAUUGCUGCGACUGGUGGAGGCUGCAGAAGGAGCCAUUCUCAUUGAUGGACACGAUAUUGCCCAGCUGGGUCUCCAUGACCUCAGAACCAAGAUAACCGUCGUUCCCCAGGAUCCAGUUCUGUUUUCUGGCUCCCUAAGAAUGAAUCUCGACCCAUUGAACCAAUACACUGAUGCAGACAUCUGGACAGCUUUGGAACUGACUCAGCUCAAGAACUUUGUUGCWGAUUUGCCAGAGCAGUUGGAAUAUAAGUGCACUGACCAAGGGGAAAACCUAAGCACUGGUCAGAAACAGCUGGUUUGCCUGGCCCGAGCACUGCUGCGGAAAGCCAAAAUCCUCGUUCUGGAUGAGGCCACAGCAGCAGUGGAUUUAGAAACUGAUCUGCAGAUUCAGUCUAUGCUGAGGACUCAGUUCAGAKACAGCACUGUGUUAACCAUCGCUCACCGGGUGAACACCAUCCUGGACUGUGACAGGAUUUUAGUCUUGGAAAAUGGYCGGAUAGCUGAAUUUGAUACUCCAGAACACUUAAUAGCUCAGAAGGGACUAUUCUACAGAUUGAUGGAAGAAUCAGGCCUUGCAUGACUCGCUCGURGAGUAUCCCAGAGCACCACCACAAUCAGGAGUAAUUGAUCUCAUAAUUGAGAUGUUACCUUGGUUUCUCUCUAAAACGCGUGACACUCAACCAAAGCUUGUUUGAGCCAGAACUGCAGUGAGUGGAUGGAAAGGGGUGACYUGGAAUAAACAUUACUCCAUAGGAAACUCAGCAAUUCCACUUUCAUGUUUCCAGACACCAAAACUUCACUUGACAGCUGAAAACGAGCCAGUCAAGACUYAAACAAGCCAAAAGAGAAAGACCACAGCAUUCCCAAUUUAUAUUAUAAAUGCAGCCCAAAUAUCUGCCAUACUUAAAAGAUUCCACAGAUUAUUUUUAAAAGCCAACAAGAUUUUAUGGACAACAAGAAGGAAUUUAACUGGUAGCAAGGAAAUUUAACUGUUUGCAGUUKAUCCUAAGCUCCAGGCAGAACAAAUGCAGUAUUUUGUCAGUGCCUUCAGCACUGCUGACCCAGUGCUGUUCCUACACAGAUGUGGACUCCAAGGCAGCAGCUACAGCUCAUCAUCCACAGUGCACAACCACUGGGAGAGGGGAGAGGAGGCAGGAUGCCACUCACAGGAGASCACGGGCUGUCUGUUGUCACAGCUGGGAACCCGAUCCACUCCCUCCCUCUGCAGGAGCAGCUCCAACACUGGCUCAGCAGGGCAGGAGGGGCAGCAGAGCAUCCAUCGCCUCUGCCCAAGCCUUGGAGCAUUCCCAGGGCCAGGUGCUCACAGCAGGGCAUGUCCAAAUGCUGACACCGACGCUUCCAAAGCGAAUUUGGCCACGAGGAAUUUGUACAGUUGGAAGUGCCCUCCUCUCUGAUCCCAGCAGCACGUGAGGAAAGCAGCAGGAUCUCUCACCUGUUGACCUGGUUUGUUCCUGGGUUUCUUCUCAGUGUGAGCCAACUCCUGCAUGUGCUACAGAGCCUCUGGCAUGGUCAUCUGUCAGAUGUUGCUUCAACAAACUGAAACAGCAGCUGAAAGCAAACCCUCCUGAGCUCCAGCAGCGUCUGCAGUCAGAGCUGUGCCCAGGUCUCUCCUCAGGAAUCACAAAAUGACAAUGUGACAAACAGACACUGUGACAUACUGUUCUUUACUGUGACUUUUGUUAAAACACCUCAUUUUCUAGAAAGCUAAAAUAAAAAUGUGAAUCAAGU